AUGGCUCCCCCAAACAUUGGCAUGAUGUUCCCACGUCCGACGAAGGACUACCACCCCGAGCCGUACGCGGCGAUUUCUCCAAGCAGAUCUGAACUGAGUGUCAAGGGUCAGACCGUUCUGAUCACAGGGGGCGCAACGGGCAUUGGCUUUGAGACCGCAAAGGCAUUCGCUCAAGCAGGUGCAGGGACGAUCGCGAUCAUUGCCCGCUCCGAAGGUCCUAUGGCCAAAGCCAAAGAGGCAAUCGAAAAUCAGUUCUCUGCCACCAAAGUCCUCACCUACUCCGCUUCAAUCACCGAUCAUCCUCGGGUCAACGAGAUCAUUAACGAGAUCGGUACCAUUGACAUUCUGGUGUCCAACGCUGGUGUGAUGCAUAAGCAUGCCGCGGCCCUCGACAUCGACCCAGAAGAAGCGCUGGAGGCCUUCAAAGUCAACGUCCUUGGACCGCUGAACCUCAUCCGGGCUUUUGUCAAAUUGCCACCGCGGUCAGAGGGGGCUGAGAGGACAGUCAUCUACACCUCCACUGCGGGCAUCGCCUUCGUAGCCCACCCAGGACCUGCGGUGUACAACGCUAGCAAAAGUGCAAUGACAUAUCUCAUGCGCUGCAUCGAUUCGGAAUACAAGGCUGCUGGCAUCCGUGCUUUUGCUUUCCAUCCAGCCAUCGCCUUCACCGACAUGGCGAUCGCCGCUGGUUACAAAGAGGACCAGUUGUCCUACGACUCUCCCGCUCUCCCAGCGCAUUUUGCUGUUUGGUUGUGCAGUGCGGAGGCGGACAUGGUCAAGGGCAAGAUGCUUUGGGCCGCUUGGGACGUUGAACAGCUGAGGGAGAAGCAGGAGACCAUCGAAAAGGAUCCGUCGCAGCUGGUGAUGGGCCUGACGAUGGACAAGUUGGUCUGA